AUGACGCUUUCCCUAGGCGCUGGCAGCCUGCCAGUGUCGUUUGUGGUCGCCACUAUUUGCGCGAUUCUUGUUGUUCUCCCUCUGGUUCUACUCAUUUCUGUCCAUUAUCUCCUUUCUACCUCACAGCUAUCUACUGUUCCAAAGACCCGCCGCAAACGAGAACCAGCCCAUCUACUCGUUGUGCUUGGUAGCGGAGGGCAUACGGCAGAAAUGCUGUCGAUGCUGCGACGAAUGCCCCUAGAUCCGACGACGUAUACUUUUCGGACGUACAUUGUGACAUCUGGAGAUGGCUUCAGCGCUUCCAAGGCCGCCGAAUUUGAGUCAGCUCUUGAAGCCCAGUACAUAUUAGAAGCAAGAGACAAUGACAAUAACAACAAUGGCUCUGUCCGUGUUACAAGAGGGGAAUCUUUUGAUAUUGUCACGGUACCCCGUGCUCGUCGUGUCCAUCAAUCAUUCCUGACGGCACCGCUGUCGACACUGCAAUGCUUCUGGGCUUGUAUUCAAGUCCUCUGUGGAACACAUCCUGAUCAGCGGCCAAAUCUGCAUGGUACUAAAUCCCAAUACCCUGAUCUAAUUCUCACCAAUGGCCCCGCGACAGCGGUGUGCGUGAUACUAGGAGCAAAGCUUCUUAGGUUUUUCAAUGCAUUACGAACGUGGAUAUCGCCUUUUACAGACAAUUCGAAUGCCAUUUAUCCUCUCCGCACCAUCUUCGUGGAAUCGUGGGCCCGAGUAACCACCUUCAGCCUGUCUGGGAAGAUAUUAUUGCCGUUUGUAGAUCGCUUUCUGGUGCAAUGGCCAAAACUCGAGGGCAAGCGUGCAUGGAAAGGCAUGAAAGAGACCCAAUUUGUUGGUCGGAAUGUGCUCGUAGUUGCAGGCUCUCGUAAUACUGAAGUUCCGUUUGCAUACUACAGUGGUCUUGGAGCUGUCGUUGCAGAGAAAUUUGCAGCAGAAGGCGCCAAUGUUGCUAUCAGCUAUGCAUCGAAUGCAGACCGCGCAAAACAGACUGCAGCCAACCUUGAAUCGAAAUACAAUGUCAAGACAGCUAUCUUCCAAGGAGACGCAGGAAAGAAAGAAGACUCUAUUGCAGUUGUGAGAUCAACCAUCGAAGCAUUGGGCGGUCUAGAUGUUGUGGUUUCAAACGCGGGAUAUACCAAAGUAUCCAAGUUCGAUGACCUCUAUGCACUCGAUGAUGAGGACUGGGAUAAGUGCUGGUCAGUGAACGUCAAGAGCCACAUGUAUACAUUCCGCGAAGCCCUGCCUACGUUCAAUAAAAAUCCCGAAGGUGGUGUCUUCAUCAUCACCUCUUCCGUGGCAGGCUUGGGUGCAACCGGAAGCAGCAUGGCAUAUUCUGUAGCCAAAUCGGCGAGCAUACACUUGGCCAAAUGCCUGGCUAAAAGCCAAGGUCCAAAGGCUCGCGUCCAUGCUGUCUGCCCUGGACUCCUUCUCACCGAAUGGGCAGAAAUAUUUCCCCAGGAAGCCAUCGAUAAACAUAUUGCCCUCACGUCUCUUAAAAGAACGGCCGAAGUGGAUGACACUGCAGAUCUAUUCGUUGCUCUUGCGAAAAACGCAUCGAUGACCGGCCAGGUAAUGGCUGUUGACUCUGGUUUCACUCUACACUAG